CAAGAGAACAGAGCUGUGUUUGCUUGCAAAGUUGCAGCUAUUAUUGUAGCUAUAAUUAUUUCUGCUGUUUUGUACUCUAGCUCAUAUCCGCCAUUGCAUUCUGUGUACCCUCACAGUAGCACUAGUUAGGCUCAUAGUAGCUGAGUGACUCUAGACACAAGCUGUACUACUGUACACUGUUGAUAGACAUGAAACGUUCGAGUUCUGCCCCUAAUGUAGCUAAGCUGAGUCAGGAGCUCAAACCUGUGACAAUUCAAACCACCAAUCUGAGAGUGAUGAACAAGACUGGUCUCUCGGCUAGUAAUAUCUCACUUCCCGGGGACUCCAUUAGGCCUCCUCCAGAGCUGAGCCCCAAGAGACAGCUGGCACAUACACACAUGCAGCCUCUCUCCUCACCGCUCCCUCUCUCACGUAUCAACUCACCGACAUCCAAAUACAGAGUGGCCCAAAUCAAAAAGGAGGAGGCCCUUGAUGAGAGAGAGAUUGAAAGGGAAGUUCAAGAGCAGAUUCAACUGAACAAGACUUUGGAUGACUCCAUGAGACUGCACACUGAUGAGCCUGGGGAAGCUAUGGAAGUGUUGUACCUAUCGUCUCUCCCCUCACACCCACCCUCUGCAUUCGUUUCACCCUCUUCCCCUCUAAAUAGGAUGCGCAGUAGGAGUCUCACCCCCACCAGCCCUGGAUCCAGCAGGACCUUCUCAUAUCGCCGCAGCUGCAGCCCAGUGCUGAGGCCCAGCUCUCUGUGUAUUGGCAAAAGGAAGAGAGACUUUGACCCUGAAGACAUGGAUACUUCUCCUACAGCGCCCUGUAAGAAGCUACAACUAGGCUAUGCCUCACCAUUCAGCCUAUCCCCUUGUGUUAGUCCUCUCAUGGGCAACUCCCCACUUCACCACUCGUUCUCUCGCAAGUCCUCGACCACCCAAGAGUCCACCCCUCUCUCCUCACCCUCGAGCGGCAUUGCUAAUCCCUUUGCACUCAAAUACGAUAAUGGGAGUGCCCCUGAUCAUUGGCAGAGCUUAUCUGGGAGUGGCAGUGCAUGCAGCAGUACUGGACACAGCCCUUCUGUUGGUAACACACCCAUCAAUCACUCUCGAAUCACACUGCUCUCCAUGGAGGAUAUGCCGACUGCUAGGAUACUCAGUGCACAUCGAUUUAGUAACGGCACACAGGAAGACUAUAAGAACGUUGGGCUUCUUGAACCUGUGGAUGUUAUCACCGAUACACCCACCCCUCUGUCACCAAAAGGACUUCAAUUCAGACAAAAACCAUUUCCUCUCUCUGUAGCAACUCUCCCUUCACCCAUUCCCCGUCCAGCAUCCAAUAACGGCACUAUUGACUCUUCAUUCAAUCAUAUCAUGGGAACCUCGUCUUCUAGUAGUAGAUGGAUCUCCCCAAAUACAAGCCCCGUGAUGCGUAGUCAACCCAACUCUCCGACAGUAAUCGUGGAAGGCGAUCAAAGCAAUGUUGAGACUGAUUCCAACCACAAGGAUUUGUCUCACCACUCACUACAACAUGAUAGACACUUAUCCCCUUUCAAUACAGAGAUACACGGCUCAUUCAAUCCUCCUCGAUUAAUCAAGACUGCUAGGAGGUUACACAAGUCUAUUCUGAGCUCUUCCAGACAAAUGAUCAGACCAGAACCACAAAGGCCACCAUCAGUGAGUAGUAUGGACACUUACAUUGGACGCAGCAGUAGCAAUCCAUCUGUCGUUCUCUCUUCAUCAAGUCGGCUCAAUAAUAUCAGCUCACUGUGUAUGAGCUCUAGUCUGGAGAGUGACCAACUGCAAGGUCGAUUGUCCCCCUACAAGUCAGUCGGUAGCAGUGGCUCAAGGACUCCCGUCAAACGAAGGAUGAGUGAUAUAUCGACAGAUAGUCAAGAUGAUGGAUUUAUGAUGGAGAGUGACGAAGGCAGUAGCUUUGAAGAGAGUAUGCCUACCACAAAAACUGUACGAACAAUUUCUUGAUAUUAAGUACUUUGCACUGUGAGUUUCAGGUAUGUAAUUUAAAUUCUAACUAUUUCCUUAUGUUUGUGCCAAUGUGUUAUGUGACCUCUCAUUUAAUUACAAAUUCAAACAUGUUUUUUUCUUCAUUGAUACAUUUAUUCAGUGUGUGAUUUUUAAUUUUUGAUUCCAUUCAGUUAAUUUUGUAUUCACACUACUAUCAUUUCUCUUCAUGUUGUUCACCACACUAUAA